AUGGAGAAUGACUGUAGCAGAUUCGUCCAAAAAUGCCACAAGUGUCAGAUUCAUGGAGACUUGAUAAAGGUUCCUCCGACAGAACCGAAUGCUAUGAUGUCACCUUGGCCAUUCGCCGCUUGGGGCAUGUAUUUCAUAGGGCCAAUUGAGCCAGAUGCGUCAAACAAACACUGCUUCAUUUUGGUCACCAAAGACUACUUCACCAAGUGGGUGGAAGUAGCAUCUUAUUCAUCAGUAACAAAGAAAGUAGUCACAGAUUUUGUACGCAACAACAUCAUAUGCCAAUUUGGUAUCCCAGAAUCAAUCAUAACAGACAAUGGGGCUAAUCUGAAUAGCCACUUGAUGAAAGAAAUGUGUGCACAGUUCCAAAUCACUCACCAGAAUUCAACCGCAUACUAG